UCUCGUUUACAACUAAAAUUAAUAAUUAUUUCAAAAAUUUGAAUUAAAAAAAUUAAAAGUUUAUCAAUAGCAAAAAUUUAUGAAUUUGAAUUUGGCUUAAAACGAAUUCAGAAGUUGUAAAUAACUUUUGCUACAAUACGUAACUUCAGUUUUUCCAAACAAAAUUGUUAACCACUAAUUAACACUUCUGGAAUUAAAUAAUUUGUAAUUACAGUUAAAGAAUUUUAUUUUGAUUUUAUUCUUGCGGGUUGGCCCUCUGGUGAGAGGCCUGUGAGUUGGAGGGUGUGCAGAGCGGAGUUAAGGAUUGGCCGUCAUCAAAACGCAUCUAAGCGGACUAAAAGAUUCAUAAAAAGCACAAAAACUAUUUGAGGAAAUUAAAUUAUUUAUAUUUUCUCACUUAUUUUCAUUAAAAUGUCUGAUUCGGCUUAAGGAAUAAGUUGUCACAAAACAUGAAUUGUAAUCGUCUCUAUACACACGCCUGUCAGAUUUCUGGGAUUUCUGCAAAAUCUCUGUUUUUACUUUUUGCACAACAACAAAAACUUUUCAUAAAAAGAUUUUUUUUCGAUAAAGAGGAAUUUCUCUUUCUAUCGCUGGUUCGAAAAUUCUUCUUAUGCAUAUAACGUGAGAAAGUGCUUUGAAAAUGGAUGUUCCUGUUUCGCUAGAUGGAAAAAUAGAGUUUUAUGACUUGGUGAAAAGACGGGCGAGCACUCACGAGCUGGUCAGGGCGGCAACGGUGCUGCAAACCCAGAGACUGAACCUGGUGACUUUAGAGGAGUCAUCCAUGCGCACCGUCGUCUCCAACCUGUCCAUACUAGACCCAAACCUGAUCGACUGCCUUCCCUCUAGAACGAAGUGUGCAAUCCUGGAGGCCAUAACAAAAUCGAUUCCCAGGGAUGCUGAUAGUCACAAACAACCCAAACUUGGCCUGCACCUUGACCCAGAUGGCAUCUGCAAGCUUAAGAAAUUUUACGAUGGUUGUACGUUUGAGGAGAGAGACUCGCUUCAGCCUGACUUGUCCACUUUGAAGCUCCUAAUCACUUCCGACCUGGUGAACUUCGACUUUAACAUCAUCGAGAAAGAUCCCUCUGUCCUCAGCAAGGACUCUGAAGAAACAUGGAAGUGUUUGGCCUCCAAAGCUCCCAACUUGAGGAGCAUUCGCGACAGGUGGAGAGCUCGUCAGGUGCCGAGACCUGGACACCUGAUUGUCAAACACCUUGCCGAGUUCCCUAACCUUAGUGAACUGCAGCUUACGACAUUCAAAUUCACCGACAAGGAUCUGGGAGUGUUGAGGAGGAGUUGCACCAAGCUCGCAAGUAUUAGUUUGAUUAGAAGUCCGGAUCUGACUACGUUAGGAAUACUCUCGCUCAGAAAGUUGCAUCUGCUGGACAGAGUUUGCUUCUCUGCUUAUCAUCAUGAUCUCAGUGGACCUACAGUGAACCAUCGAAAAGCUGCGGACCAUCAACAAAUAUUUGAAUUGCUGCCCAAACUCAGAUUCAUCCACCUUUGGAACAUUGAUAUUGGCAGUGAAAUCUUUGAACCGCCAGACUUGUUGAUCCGGAAGAAUCCACCACAGCCUUUCAUGUUGGAAGAGGUCAGGGACAUCAGUGGCAAUAUCCAAAGAAUCCACACCCACCUUAGUGGACUAAAAAAGGUGGGAAGUUCUGACCAACCCUUGUUGGUGUACUCUGGACUUCCCCAUUUGAGAUCAUUGCACGAGCCUUCCUUACCUGAGGACUACCCGAUCCUGGCAUUGGUGGGCGCCAGACUGGUGGAUAUUGUUGUUGAAGACCUAUUAGGGGGCGACACCGACUUGCAUCGAAUUCUGGUCUUGUGUCCCAACUUGGAGAAGCUUCACCUGAACGGCUACUUUCGUCAAGAGAACCAGAUUCACCCUGUUGACCCGUCCAGAUUGAAGUUGAAGGACCUGAAAUUGACAGAAAUCUCCGAUGUCAGCGGUGAAAACCAAUUUUUGCCAUUCUGGUAUCUUCUCCUGGCGCCCAAUCUCCACACUGUCGGCCUCUUUCACUUUCUUUUCUCUGAACCACGGGCCCUCCUCGACCACGCCGAACCUCUGCUGCCUCACUUGACUUCCCUCAAGACUAGGUUUGAGUUCAAAUGGCCGCAACCCGAGGACAACGAAGUGUGGUGUCAGACCCUGGACGUGCACAACAAGCUUCUAUCUACUCUGAUUAAAAACUGCCCUCGGCUGGAAACAGUGUGCUGUGAAGCGUAUGUCACAAGAAACAAUGAGCAUCACCAGCUGCUCUUGGCCGAUGUGCUGCCCAAGUGGCGCAGAAUUCCAAAGCAAAUGGAAGAUGUGCCCAAUGUUUAAAGAUAAUUCUCAUGUAGCUUAAUUUAAUGGCCAUAAAACAAAUUAUUUUGUUUAAAUUCUUGG